AUGGACUCAGUCCAGGACGCCCUCAUUGUCAUGCCUCUGGAUGGCGAGGAUCGCCUGCAAGCGGCGAAGGAUGCCCUGGAGGCCCUGCAGACUGCUUUGCAGGAUGGCGGCCAGCAUGGCCCACUCACCUUAGAGAUUGCAGGCCUCAGCGACUUCAGGAGACAGGUGCUGUUUCUGGAAGUCGUCAAGGACGCAGGGCAUGAGAGGCUUGUCGCGCUGUCGGAAGCCGCGCGGUCCCAUUUUGUGAAUGCUGGCAUAGCCGAUGGGGAUGAUGGGCGGCCCUUCACCGCCCACAUCACUGUUGCCAAGCUGAGUAAUCUCUUCAAGGGCAUGCGGCGCGGGCACGGUGCCAAACUGAAGGGGAUUCCUGAGGAAGCGUAUGCAGACCUGGUGGGGAUUCAGGGCGGCUCUGUGUGCGUUUCGGAGUUGCAGCUGUGUCGCAUGCAGGGGAGGGAGAAGGCAUCAUAUUACCAUGUUGAAGCAUCCCUCAGAUUGUGA